AUGGAUAUUACAACUAGCCUUAUUGUAAUACUAGUACUAUAUGGUGUCUUACUAUUUUUUGACAAUUUUUUCAAGACAUGUGCACAUUAUCCUUACAUAAAAUUUUUAGAAGGUACAGGAUUCGAAAUUAAAUUUUUUUCAAUCAAAUGGCGAACGAAAGCCUUCAACAGGUUAUUAAUUCGGUGGGGAAACAGUAACCUUAGGUUCUUUGAUUGGUGGUUCACCGCAGGCCUCUAUUGCACCUUAUGGUUCUUACCAAUCGCAAUAAUACUUAUGCUAUACAGCGUGUUUCAAAACUUUCUCACUACACGGGACCAGCAAAUUUUAAUAGAACCAGUUGUUCCGGGGGUAAAUUUACCUGCCUCUGAACUCGGUUAUUACAGCUGUUCGCUCAUCGUGUGCAGUAUUAUUCACGAACUGGGGCACGCAUUGGCGGCAGUUUUAGACGACGUUAACCUGCUAGAAGUAGGUGCUCACGUAUUCUUCGUGCUCCCCGUAGCUUACGUAAACCUAGCAACGGAUAAAUUAUUUGCAGUAGAACGCAAGAAGACUCUAAGAAUAAUUUGCGCUGGAAUUUGGCACAAUUUAGUUUUAUCGCUAAUAGCAGUUAUUAUCUACUUGUUACUUCCUUCGAUGUUUAGCAUUUUCUUUUCAGUGAAUAAAGGAGUUACCGUUAGUCAGAUAGGCAAGAACUCUCCGAUUUUUGGCCACAAAGGGUUGGUUACCGGUGAUGUUAUUUAUAGAAUAAACGACUGUAAAGUGUUCGAUGAAGACAGUUGGUAUGGCUGUUUGAGCCGAGUUAAAAAGCAACAGGCAGCGUUUUGCAUUAACCACGAUUUGAUUCGCAGUUUGGACGAAAGCGUGCCAUUGAAGCAUUCCGAUAACGGUAAAUUGGAUUGUUGCGAUGGGGCGAAAUCGGAAAACUUCUGUUUCGAGCACUUGUCUUCAAACGAUGAUGAUGUGUUGGAAUUGCCCAAUCACGCUUGCCUUCCUGCCAGAAAGGUGAUCGAGGAGUCUCCUAAUAUUUGCACUUCCUCGCCUCAUUCGUGCCCCAUUAACAGAUUUUGCUUUAGACCAAUAUUAAAUAACACAGCAAGUAUAAUGACUAUAACUUGCAGGAAUAAGUUAGUAAUUUAUUUAGGGUAUCCCGAAGAUGUUUCGAGAUCGACUGAAAUAUCCUCUUACAUACCAAAAUUAUUUUUUACUAGUCCAUUUCUACCCGAUUUAGUUACGAAAUUUACCAUGUAUUUAGCUUUUAUAUCUUUUGGUCUAGCGAUAGUUAAUGUAUUGCCGUUUGUUUUCAUGGAUGGGCAGUAUAUUUCAGAAAUAAUUGUAGACAUUUUGUUGAAGAAAAGGAUCGGCAAUAAAAAAUGUAAAUUAAUUGUGGGUGUUGUAACAACACUCUUCACGUUGAUGUUGUUGUUGCACUGUUUGUAUUUUUUUUACAAUAAAAUAUUUGUAUGA